AUGAGUGGUGCGGGGAACCUGAUACCAAAUAGUACCUAUGUGCGUUAUCGUUUGAACGUUGUUUUCUGUGUCGAUCUGUGCCGGACGAUGGUGCCAGCGCUCGCCCUCCUCGGUCGAGCCUCUCCGCACGCCGCCGGCCGAGCCCACCGACGGGACCUCCAGGCUGCGUUCCGCUCCCGGUAUUCCGUCACCGUAUACUGUAUAGGUUCAUGGUUAACGUGUGUCAGUGUGACUAGUGGCGGCUGGCGAGUCAGUGAUGUAGCCUUAGAUGAUGUGUGCGCUUCACACAUGAGGAGGAGCAGGAAGCGAUGUGGAGCAGCAGGAGCGCGGAGACAGAUGAGUAACGAGCCUCGUCUGACUGAUACGACCAGGAUACAGAGACCUGAACGAGUACAACAGUCUGUGUCACGGCGGCCCUGGUCCCAGGACAUAAUGUCAGACGGCGCCGGGUGGUGGUGUAUGAGGUGCGCCUGUUUCGAACGGUUCCCAAUGCCGAGCUCGACGUGCGGCCGUCCCGGUCUCUCCGUCCCUCUCUCGCCGCCCUGUGUGGGCGAGAGGGACAGGGACGCCGAUAGGGAUCGCCACUCUUUUUAUGUUAGGUUCGAGGAACGUUCUGAUUUCAGGCACCUUAUAAAUAAACUCAGGCGACUGACAACUUUAAGGCGAUGUGCCGAGAGUCUCGUUUCCGUCGGCGAGCGUCAUCGACGCGCCAUGAAUAAUUUAAGCGAUUUCAACAGCGGGUCGUCCGCGGCAUAG